CGCGCGCGUACCCGGGUUUACCGAGGGAGGGAAUCAGGGAAGGAGAGAAAGAGAGGCGAAGGAGCCCCCAAUGGAGUUUUCUUCUGUUAAUACACUCUGUCUUGAUUUGAUUUCUUCUGCAUUUCAAAGAUGCCGAUUAUCUGAGCAGAUUUGCAGAUUAUCAGUCAUCAUCAAUCGCUCUUCCUCUUCGCGUCAUCCCUCCGUUCAAAUUUCAAUUUCUGAUACUGGUAUUGGAAGCUGCUUAAAAGAAUUUCAAGACUUGAAGUUUUCUAGGGGAGGUAUCGCUGAGAAUUGGGAUGGAAUGCUUCGUGUUAACACCACCAGCAUCAGUGAUACUGAGAUUUAUAUUUACCAAUUUAGUUUGAAAGAGAAUGGUUCUUCCAGAAGAAUAAAUAGGCUACCUUCAUUCCAAAAAAAUGGCGCAAAAUUCAGUGGUACUGAAGUUUCCCUGUCUUUUGCUCAAAGCCUAGAUAUUUUACUGGCCGAUGUUCAUAGAUUUUUGCUGAAGAUGCUUAUUCUAAGGAUACCUAAUAUUGCAAUACAAUUGGUGGCAGAAGACUGUGAUGUUCCAGGAUCUCGAUAUGAAAAGGUUUUUCUCGCAAAUAAGCCUAUGCAAUCACCUAUCUUGGCACCAAAUCUUGAACAUCUGAAAUCAGGCUUUGAAGAAUAUGUCUUAACGCAUGGAAAUAGUUUAGAUAGCAAGUGUGAUUCUUGCUUCCAAAGUUGGGAGCAUCUCAAGGUUGGGAGUGGACGAGCAUGCUGCACGGAAACUGAACUGGUGAUGGAAGCAGUGAUAAUAAUUAGUGAUAUAUCAAAGGACAACACUGCAUGCUUGAGAGAAAGGGGUGAUAAAACUGAGGUUUUGUAUUUUAAGGAUUUCUCACCUUGCACAAUCCCUCAAUCAUCUAUGAAGGCGUUGAAAAGCGUUGACUGGAGAAGAUAUGGUUUGAAUUUAGCAGGCAUAGCGCAGCAAGAUGGCUGUGCAUUACUAGAAUGGGAAACCUUGCCAACGGAUACUCAUAUUGAUAUUGUGCUCCACUCCUAUUAUCAACAAUGUCCAGCUUUUUCUGAGAAAGCCAUCAUGCGAGCACCAAGGAAAGACUCUCAAAUUGAUAGAAAUCUUGUUAAAAGAGCCAUUAAACUUUCAUUGGAUGACUUGAAGGACAAGCAUGCAGGAGUUCUUUUAAGUGCCCGUGCUACUAAGGUGAACCCUCACAAAAGCACAACCUCCCUCUCUCCCCGCACAAAAGCACACAUUGGCAUGCAUAUGACCAACUAGCUUGGCUUGUUCGUUAGUCUUUCAAUGAUAAUUUAGAUAUUAAGAUUUUGAUAAUUUAGAAAUCUUGUUAAAAGAGCCAUUAAACUUUCAUUGGAUGACUUGAAGGACAAGCAUGCAGGAGUUCUUUUAAGUGCCCGUGCUACUAAGAUCUGUAGUUAUGCCCCUGAUCUAGCAGAAACAAUUGCUGGUUUAAUUUUGUCCUCUAAUGACUUGGAAUUCCAAGAAGAAUGCUUAUCACUUCUUGGAUUACAGUCUCAAGGUUUUGGAGCUGAAACUGUGAAAAACAAUAUUAAAGAUAGGAUUGUUUCAGUGAUAGAGAUGAACGACAAAAAGGAUCAGAAAACUCAAGAAGCUGCACCUUGCCUUUUUGAUGACGACCGUCACCGAGAAGAAGGGUUUCAAGAAAACGACGAUGAAGGUGAUUAUAACAUGUUUGCGUUAGAAGAUUAAAAUUCUAGAUCUUUUUACAAAUCACUGAAGCAUCCAUUGAGGCAUCCUUGAACAUUACAGCCUUUCAAACUUGCGUUAUCCCUUUUCGUCAAUUUUGUUUGCCUUGUUAGAAUGCAAGAAUUUUACGUAUCUUUAACAAGUUUUGUUAACUACAUCCGUGAAAUUGAAAUGAUUUAAAGAGGUUCA